AUGACGACGGUGGCUCCAGUUCCGAUGCCGGCUCCGGGGUCUAGACGCGCGCCGAGGUUUAAAGGUAAAGAGUUAGAGGCGUUCUUAGUUGACUUCGAGAAAUUAGCGAAACGUGCCGGACUUAAGGACGAUGACUUACCAACAGAGGUAUUGUCGUACUGCUCCACGUCAGUUCGGGAGCUGCUUCGGCGUAAUGCGAAAUUUAAAGGUAAGGACUGGGAUGAGGCUAAAAAGGCGAUGCGUUUGUUUUAUAGGGACAAAAGUGAAGAACAGGUGACGGUGGUAGGUUUGAGAGAUUUUGCUGAACGAAUGCGCAGGAAGAAUAAAGUGAAUACGAGCCGGGCAUUGGACGAGUAUGCAAUAGCGUUCGGUAAGCGUAUGGGCGACCUAGUUGCUCAAGGACAGAUGCCCGAUAAAGAGCGCGACGUCUUAUUCUUCAGAGGCCUGGGGAAGGACAUUCGCACGGCCAUUCGCCCAGAGCUAAGGCAGCUGAAGGGUAAGAAACCGCUUGUCUUGGAUCCUCCGACUAUGGAGGAAGUAUUGAAGGAAGCGCAAGACCAUUUCAAUGUUCUGGAUAUAGACUAUGAUCCGGAGUCGGAGGAUGAUGAUUCGGGGAGUGAUACAGAUGAUAACGACAAUAGCAAAGGCAAAGACAAGAAAAGGGCUGGAAAGGUCUUACAGGUGAAGACGGUGAAGACGAGGGCAACAACGCCCGACUCAGGUGUGCUGGCAUUGGAAGGUGUCGCUCGGUUAGCCGAGCAGGUACGCAAAUUGACCUUGACGAUGGGGCAGUCACAAGUUUUUCGGAAGGCGGACGGUUCUGUUGGGGGUGUGACGCUGGACUUAAUGCGUGAAGGUUUGGUGAGGUUCUCACAAGAGACAGGACGACUGGUUAGAGCCGACGGGUCACAGCUGCCGCCAUCGAACGGGAUGCCUGGUGGUUUUGCAGCUAUUCUGCGUCGGGAACAAUGUGUCACGAGUUGGCACGGCGCCUAG